ACUAGGGCGUUUUGCGCCAUGCUGCUGCACAUUAGCCAGCUGCAGGUACCAAAUUUGAGGACUGCGCCGGCAAGUUCUUCCGUGCCUGCGCGCAGAAGCCAAAGAUUUUAUGCAAGCCACAUAAGCAAUGCGAGCCGUGCAAGUGGCAGUGCUAGAAUCCAGGCACUGGGAUGCACAGUUUUUCUUGGAGCUGCAUGUCUGCGGCGGGUAGCUCAGAAGGCCAUACCGACUGAGUACUAUGGACUUCUCGGGCUGCUGCUCUUCACGUCAGACCCCAAGGAGAUCAAAGCUGCACAUCGGAGAAUGGUAAAACUGGUUCACCCUGACAUUUUGGGGGCUGAUUCUUCAGACCUUCAGAGCAUUGUAACAGAGGCCUGCACCAUGCUGAGCGAUCAAGAGAAAAAAGAAGAAUACGAUGAGAAACUUCGCAAAGCCAAACCAAGCUUGUCGAAGAGCAAUUGGUCUGAGGACGCACCCCAGUUUGCCAUGGGAGUUUUUGUUGAUGAGACCAAAUGCGAGCAGUGCUACAGGUGUGUGAACAUUGCAUCCUCUACAUUUGAGAUCCAUGACAAUCCAGUUAGAGAAGGCAAGGCUUUCGUGACCUUGCAGUACGGUGACGACCGUUACGUGGUGCGAGAGGCGAUUGGUGAAUGCCCAUCAAAAGCCAUUCGCUACGUUUCGCGUGAGGAUUUGACGAAAUUAGAAUAUGCAAUGACGCAAUGCGCAACUUUGCGACACAGAGCUCGGCCUUGGGAAAAAGAAACCAUCCAAGGCCCAUAUGAGCUCUACCAGGAGUUGAUGUUGGAUGAGCUCAUCUCGAUGGACAUGGAAAAAGCCAGGGAGCAGGAGCUGCGAGAGCAACGUGCUCGUCAGCAGCACGAGCAGCAGAAGGCGGAGGCAGAUGCAGCAAGAGCCAAGGAAGAGCAGGCAGCGGCGGCAAAAGCACAAGUACUCAAUGAUCCUUUGCUACGGGGCCUUCAUCAACGUGCAAAGAAGAAUGGUUUCUUGGACGUCAAUGGAAGUUUACUUGCGUUGGGCAGCUGGCAGCAGAGUAAUAGGUUCAGGAUUGACUAUGCAGUCGAUGCGUCUCAAUACUUCAAUCUGAACUGGCGAUGUCUACCUGUGGCGCCCUGUGAAACUGAGCAGCUGAGCAGCGCGGUUCAUGUUGUGAUUGUAGGUCCAGUUUGGGGAGAGCCCUUCACGGCGCGUGAACGUAUGGAGAUCAGUCUGAAGCAUGGGCAGCGCUGCCCUGGAUUCAGUGGAGUGGAUUCAGGAUACUUGCUGAUCUUGCUGCAUUACUUCAAGUUGUCCUCAGCUUUGGCUAUCCUGGAAGAGGACAACCCACAAUGGAAGCAGGACCGCCGACUCAGCGAAGAGCUGCUCUUGACACAGAUGUUGAAGCCUGAAUAG